AUGUCCUUCAGCGUCGUAGAACGGUGCGCCGAGUCAACGAGUCCGUUUCAACCAACUUUUCCUUCAAAGGCAAAAGACCACCUCCACGUCGACGAGGUAGAGCAGGACCUUUACUUCCGGCCGUCGAAGCUGCAAUUGCCUCGAAGCGCGGAAUCGCAACAACAUGAUUCGACGUUUGAUUACGAGGCGAAAGUUGGCAACCGAAAGACGAUUGAUAGUCGUCGAGUGGAGGGUGGGCAAACAAGUCGCGAACAGAUUCACUUGUGCCGGCCUUGA